AUGAAAAUCUACUCCUGUUUGACCAAAAUCUGCCCCUCGCUGACAGACGCUGGCAGGCCUCCAGAUGUUUUUGAGGAUUAUGGUCUGGGCUGUUCUUUACCUGUUCGGGGCAGAAAGACUGCGGGGAACCGCAUGUCCAAACUGCUGGACGCGGAGGACGAGGAUGAUUUCUACAAAACAACUUACGGAGGAUUCAAUGAUGAAUCUGGAGACGAUGAGUAUCAUGGAGACCAUUCAGACACAGACGAUGAAGUGGACAGUGACUUUGACAUCGAUGAAGGCGAUGAACCAGACAGUGACCAGGAGGAGGAUGCACCCAAAAGAAAGAGCCGUGUGGUGACGAAGGCCUAUAAGGAACCAAUCAAAGUAGCUAAACCUAAACCCAAAAAACCUGUGGAGGAGCAGAAAAAGACUGAGAAAACUAAAGUAGAACUUAAAAGGAAAGUUACUCAAGAGUAUAAAGAUGUUGGUGAAAGUAAGACAAAAAUAACUCGUAAAUCAGUGCGUAAGUCUACAAGUGAACACACCCGUAAAACAAAUCAACGUCUACAAGAGCGGCAGUACGCGCCACGCAGGAGACGAGGAGCCCACCGCGACAAGCCCCUGAGUCAGAAGGAGCUGCUCGCAGAAGCCAAGAUCACAGCUGAACUUAACAUCCGGUCAUUAGAAAAUUAUGAAAGGCUGGAGGCAGAUAAGAAGAAACAAGUGCAUAAGAAGCGGCGUUUCGAUGGACCAACAAUCCGCUACCACUCUGUCCUGAUGCCUAUCGUCUCUUCUUCCAUGUUGAAGGAAGAAAACGUUGACGUUGAAGGGCUGGACCAGGACGUCCCUCAGACUUCUGCAGCUAACCCAGGAACACCGUCCCAACCGCAGCAGUCGACCGGGGGCCUGUGCUCUCGAACCUACAUCACAUUCAGUGACGAAGACGCGUUUGAAGCGGCGUUUCCCAACAGAGCUCAGGCGGCGCCCCAGCUCCCCGUUCAGGAGAUCUGCCCCGUCACACACAAGACUGCUCUGUACAGGGACCCGGUCACUGACAUACCGUACGCCAACGCUCGAGCCUUUAAGAUCAUCCGAGAGGCCUACCAGAAAUACGUGGCGACUCACGGCUUCCCGAGCACGUCCGGCACCGCUGCAGCUCAGGACUCUGUAACGGCAAAGGGGGCUCGGCCUAAAAUGGUGGUUAAACAGACUCCAGCGGCAACAUGA